UCAAAGGGAGCUAACUCUAAAUUGUUGGGAUCACUAAAGUCAGAGGAUGUGACGUCGCGACUAGGAUGAAGAGGUUGUUGGUUGUGAACGCUGACGACUUCGGAUACAGCGACGAGAGAGAUGCUGGAAUCGUGGAGUGUUACCGGAAGGGUCAUAUCAGCAGUGUGUCCCUAUUGGUCAAUGGUGUCCGGGCAGAGAAUGCAGCCAAACUGGCUAAACAGUACAAUAUUGCUACAGGCUUGCACGUGAACCUGACCGAGGGCCACACCAUUGGACAGGGGUACAGAACUCUGACCCGAAACGGAUGUCUCCUCGGCAAGUUUGGUUUCCGGGAGGCGGUCAAGGAAGGGAAACUCGACAUCAUAGAGGUUCGACGUGAGAUUCAGGCCCAGAUAGAUAAGUUCCGGGAUCUGAUGGGAGAGACGCCCUACCAUGCAGACGGUCACCAACAUAUACACGUGAUACCGGGUAUAGUGGAAACGUUUGCUGCAGUUCUCAGUGAAAAUGGUGUGAAGGUCACCCGCCUACCAAAUGAAAGGGGUGUGGCCUCAGAGGUCUGGGCCACGCCCCAAAAGGCUGAGUUCAUGACGGAGCUGGUACAUCAGACCGAGGCUGCCAGUAAGGUGUUUACCUCUCACAAACUGUGGACCUGUGAUGGGUUUGUUGGCUUGCGAACCAUGGGUUCCAAUAUGACAGUCGACAGAGUGACGUCUCAUCUUUCUGAAGUGUUUGACGUCACAGGGUCAUCAGACUCGGACAAACAGAAGCUCAUUGCGGCCUGUUCUCAGGAAAAAGUAUUAUCGUGUGAAUGGAUGGUGCAUCCCGGUCACGUGACUUCCGGUGAAGGUGGCUGUGGAGAAGGCCCGGAUGAAUUUUCUCAAUCACUUGAUCGGCAGCAUGAAAUGGACAUCCUGUCUGACAAAGCCAUAUUAGACAUUUACAAGUGUAUGAACAUCAAACUGACUAACUUCCAGAACUGUGUUAAUAGAAUAAAAUAAUAACCGGAAACGUUUCUUUUUGUGUGUUUUUG